CGCUGAGAAACUAGAUUGCCUUCCCUUGCGCCUGGAACCAGACCGUGUUAGCCAUUUCAGCAGCUGCAGAGGGUGCCCAGAUAGCCAUGAUUUCUAAGUAUUCCUCGAUGGGGCCUUUCACAGGUCACAUGAGUAUCAAAAGCAGCCCUUUUUCUCCCAGUUCUUCUUGCAAGCUGUCAAGUCAGUACAUCAUUCAAGAUCACAUGUCUACACAUUACAGAAAAUUGCUUUCUGCCAAAGCUGCUGUUGAUUCAUCUGCUCCAAAGAGUUUGAACAUGAGCACUAAAUACCAGGACCAGCAGAAAAGACAGGCGCUCAUUAAAGCAGUUGAGAAACACAAGAAAGAAAUGGCCCAGAUCCCUUCUGCUGCUCCUCCAGGUCAUUCCAGGAGCAUUUCCAAUAAAUGCUGCCAGAACAGCUGGAACUUCACUUCAAGAGCGUGGAUGCCAUCCUUGAACAAAAGAGAGCAAUACUCUCCUCAAUGUUUCAAGAAGACACAUUCAAGAAUUCAGUCCCCAGUUUUGAGUGUGGAGGAGGCAAUCAAAGAUAUUGUCCGGUGGUCUUUAUCUCAGACUCACAAGAAUGGCAGAAGUAAAGCCUGGCAGUGUCCUUUCCCUCUCACCAAGUCUCACCUCCCAGUUCUGAGACAGACCAGGCAGAAGAUUAAAAUCCCUCAGAAGAAAACUUUUGCUGGAGAUCUGCUGGACACACAUGCACAAUGGUUUACAGAAACAAAGCAGCCUUUUACCCCAAAACUUUUAAAAACAACAAGCAAAUCAUUCCUUUCAAAAUACAGGUAUUAUAAGGCUUCACAUGGAAAGAAAAGCCUCUCACUUGAUCAACAAUCAGACAAAAGACCAAGAACGUUUUACAGGUCUUUGGAAGAUAAAUGUCUAAGUUCUUAUGCAGAUUACUCUGUGUGGCAUCCAGUCAAGAAAAACACAUUGAGCUCAGCUUCUCUACAAUCACUGCUUUAUGCAAAAGAAGAAGAGUUGAAGUACCUUCGCUUUCUUCAGGAACUCACAAGGGACAUUUUGAUUAGAAGCUGUUACUGCAAAGAGGUAUUGGGGGAUGCAUUUCAGAUGUACUCUGGAAAGAGAAGGCGUGACCUUGAUGAGGUAAAAAUGCAAAGAAUUUUUGAAGCCCUGAAGGAUGAUUUGAACAACUGCACUAAUCUGUCAGACUCUUCUGUCAAUUACACUUGCUGGAAGCACAGGAGUAGCCAUCUCAACGCAGCCCUCUUUUAAGACACAAUCAUCUCCUGAAGCAUAGGACUCAAAUAAGCGUAACAGACUUUCUAACAAGCGAAGAAGAAAAUUUACCAUGCAGAGAGCAAUUCAGAGUAGUACUGUAAACCGUAAUGAAACUUAAUUAACUUGAAUUAAUUUACUACCUGAAGAGGCUCACUGUUGAAUCCUAGAUUUCUCCAAGUAGACAUAUUUUUAUAUCCUACAUACCAAGAGUGAACUCAUUCUCAGACUGUUGAACCUUAUGUAGUCAAAACAGCAUAGUCCACUAAUGAGUUAUCAGUAGGCUAGGGGAAAUCCUAGAAAGCCGUAACAGAGGGACCCCCCCCCCAACCAUCCAUGAGAUCCAAGCAUGGUCAGUGGCCACAAUAAGCCGAGUGUCUGUUGGGGAGAGAAAACAUGGGAACACUGUGGGGAAUGGAAUGGAGUAUCCUGGAAAAGAAUAUGGCUAGGUGGUUGACUGGCACCCUGAAAAGGAGCAUGCCACACUGCAACAUGUUGUUGCAGGCUCCACUUUAUACAACAUUAUACAAAUAUAUGCAUAAAUCCAAAUAUUUUUUUCAAAGGGCAGUGCUUAAAUGUUUUGCUUUAAAACAAAGGUGGCUUACCUAGGGCCCUCCAAUUCCCAUUGACCUCAGCCAGUAUGGCCAUUGGUGAGGGAUAAAGGAAGUUGUCAUUUAACAAGAUCUGGAGGAUCUUAAAAGGAGAAUGAUAGUAGGUCAGUAAUUCCCAAAUAGGGUGCCAUGAACAGCUGCUAAUAUGUCAUCAUGACUCAUGACAAAUUGAUUAAUUAAAUAAUUAGAGAUAGAUAAUUCCCUAUACCACUACCCCUGAACCCCCUACUACCAAAGAUGAACUUGACACAUAAGGCGUCGCUAUUUUCUAGAUGAAAGUAAAAACCAUUUUGAUUCAACCUUGGUGCUAAUGUUUCCUGGGAUGCUUAAGGUAGAAAUUCAUUACUAGUUACUUCCAAACAAAAAUACAUCUUUCUUGUUCAUCACUGAGUAUAAUUUUGUGUUCUGUAAGAAGUUGGGUCUGCAUGAUCAUGUGAAUGAACUAAUAAGAACAUCAACUGAAGGAUCAGAACUGAAGGCACAAGAACCAGCUGAAAAUGAGCUUGCUGCAUUUUAAAAUUUUAUUACCAGAAUUGUUCAAAGUUACAAGAAGGAUAUAAACAUGGCAGAUAACUUCAGUUAAACCUCAAAUUAAAUUUAAC